AUGGUUGGGGCUGGGGCUGAGGCAAAGUUUGUGGCAGAGGCUGGAGAAAAGGUUGGGGCUAAGGCCAGGGAUGGGGAAGAGGCUGGGGCAGGGGCUGAUGCUGAGGCUUGGAUCAUACCUAAUCCAACGGAUAGUAAGGAGGAAGAAAGAAAGCAGGCCAGUAACAGCAGCACCUCCUCUCCGCAGGGCAGUAACAGCAGCACCUCCUCUACACAAGGCAGUAACAGUAGCACAUCCUUUGCACAGGAGAGUAACAGCAGCACCUCCUCUCCGCAGGGCAGUAACAGCAGCACAUCCUUUGCACAGGAGAGUAACAGCAGCACCUCCUCUCAGCAGGGCAGUAACAGCAGCACCUCCUCUCAGCAGGCCAGUAACAGCAGCACCUCCUCUCCGCAGGGCAGUAACAGUAGCACCUCCUCUCAAAAGGGCAGUAACAGUAGCACCUCCUUUCAGCAGGGCAGUAACAGCAGCACCUCCGCUCCGCAGGGCAGAAACAGCAGCACCACCUCUCAGCAGGGCAUUAACAGCAGCACCUCCUCUCAGCAGGGCAGUAACAGCAGCACCUCCUCUCAGCAGGGCAGAAACAGCAGCACCUCCUCUCAGCAGGGCAGAAACAGCAGCACCUCCUCUCAGCAGGGCAGUAACAGUAGCACCUCCACUCAGCAGGGCAGUAACAGUAGCACCUCCUCUCAGCAGGCCAGUAACAGUAGCACCUCCUCUCAGCAGGCCAGUAACAGUAGCACCUCCUCUCAGUAG